GCCCACAGUUUGCAAAAACAUAUCGCGCCUUGCCCCGACCUUUCCACAACCGUUCAGUAGUCAACGACCAACGACGUAAGUAACCACCACGAUACCCAUUGCCCUCGACCAGCCCGACGGAAUUAGAAGCGAGAGCCGAUAUCUGCAGAUUCGAAAAGAUUCAAUCUUCCGAGAAUUUGCAGCCCUGCUCAACCUUCGACUCCCGCCGCGAAAUAUCCACCAUCGACCGGCAUCACGAACAAUUUUGCUAACCCGACCUCACAACAGAAACCGGCAAGAUGGGUAUCUCUCGUGACUCUCGGCAUAAGCGCUCCCACACCGGUGCCAAGCGGGCUUUCUACCGGAAGAAGAGAGCCUUCGAGCUUGGUCGCCAGCCCGCCAACACCCGUAUCGGUGCCAAGCGCAUCCACACCGUUCGCACCCGCGGUGGUAACCACAAGUACCGCGCUCUUCGUCUCGACUCUGGUAACUUUGCCUGGGCUUCCGAGGGUACCACCCGCAAGACCCGUGUCAUCGUUGUCGCCUACCACCCUUCCAACAACGAGCUUGUCCGCACCAACACCCUGACCAAGUCCGCCGUCGUCCAGAUCGAUGCCGCUCCUUUCCGUCAGUGGUACGAGGCCCACUAUGGCCAGCCCCUCGGCCGUAGACGCCAGCAGAAGCAGGGUCAAACCGUUGAGGAGGUGAAGAAGUCCAAGUCUGUUGAGAAGAAGCAGGCUGCCCGCUUCGCCGCCGGUGGCAAGGUCGACCCCGCUCUCGAGAAGCAGUUCGAGGCCGGUCGUCUCUACGCCGUCAUCGCCUCCCGCCCCGGCCAGUCCGGCCGUGCCGAUGGCUACAUCCUCGAGGGUGAGGAGCUCGCUUUCUACCAGCGCAAGAUCCACCACAAGUAAGCGUCACGCUUGCGUGUGAGGACAAAAAAGGACAAAUAGGGUCUGAGCUCGGGUUCGCGUCGGUUUUCCCGCAUGGUGUUGUCGUUUCAGGGCUGCCCAUCUGCAUUCGCCGGUAACAGGCACGGCGCGGGGAUAUCGGGGAUAUAGGGCAAUGGAAAAUGAUAUACCCACCAGUAGAGCGGUUCGCGCGAAUAAUCGAGCCAGG